GCCGAGCCCGAAGAUGCCGGAGUUCCUGGAGGACCCUUCGGUCCUGACCAAAGACAAGUUGAAGAGCGAGUUGGUCGCCAACAACGUGACGCUCCCGGCCGGCGAGCAGCGCAAGGACGUGUACGUGCAGCUCUACCUGCAGCACCUCACGGCGCGCAACCGGCCGCCGCCGCCGCCGUCGUCGUCGUCGUCGCCGCUCGCCGCGGGCGCCAACAGCAAGGGGCCGCCCGACUUCUCCAGCGACGAGGAGCGCGAGCCCACCCCGGUGCUCGGCUCCGGGGCCUCCUCGGGCCGCGGCCGAGCCGCCGUCGGCAGGAAAGCCACAAAGAAAACUGAUAAGCCCAGACUAGAAGAUAAAGAUGACCUAGAUGUGACAGAGCUCUCUAAUGAAGAACUUCUGGAUCAGCUUGUGAGAUACGGGGUGAAUCCUGGUCCCAUUGUGGGGACAACCAGGAAGCUGUAUGAGAAAAAGCUGUUGAAGCUGAGGGAACAGGGAACAGAAUCACGGUCAUCUACGCCCCUGCCAACAGUCUCUUCUUCAGCAGAGAACACAAGACAGAAUGGAAGUAACGACUCCGACAGAUACAGUGACAACGACGAAGGGAAGAAGAAAGAACACAAGAAAGUGAAGUCCACUAGGGAUUUUGUUCCUUUUUCUGAACUUGCAUCUGCUCCCUCUGGUGGAUUUUUUCAGGGUAUUUCUUUUCCUGAAAUCUCCACCCGCCCUCCUCUGGGCAGGACGGAAGUGCAGGCAGCUAAGAGAGUCCACACUUCUAAGGGAGACCCCCCCAGGGAGCCUCUUACUGACACAGUCUUGCCUGGGAAGGGACAGGUGCAGAGGUUGGCCGCUGGACGGAAUAUAUCUGUUCCUUCCGAGUCUAGCUAUGAUAGAUGUGUAGAGAAAAGUUCUUCAUCAUCUGCUCAGCGUGAACUCGCUGCCAGGCUGGCCUCUGCUGCAGCGUCUCCCUCACUGAUGAGAGAGACCACUACUACUUACUGUAAAGACGUAGUAGAAAAUAUCUGCCGUGGAGGGAAAGGUAGAGCUCGGCCAUCCAGUGCUGAGGGGCCUGGUGUUUCAGAUCAGUCUGUGAUCUCUAGUGAAAGAGAGGUGCUGCAGGAGUCAGAGAGGUCCCAGGUCAUCUCUCCACCACUUGCUCGUGCGAUCAGAGACUAUGUUAAUUCUCUGUUAGUCCAGGGUGGGGUCAGCAGUGUGCCUGGGAUCUCUAAUUCUGUACCCACACUGGAUAUAGAAAACAUAUGCAAGAGACUUAGCCAGUCUAAUCGGCAAGAGUCUGAAUCCCUGUCUUCUCCCCGCAAAGUCCUCAGACUCAGUGAGACGCCCGGAAAGGAAGGGGAUUCAGGUUCACGUGUGGCAUUUCAGAAUACGCCUGCAUCUGAACACAUGUCUUCUUUUGUCAAGAGUGUUGUCUCUCAUUCCCUUACAACCUUAGGAAUAGAAGUGUCUCAGCAAGCACAGCAGAAUAAAAUAGAUGCCUCCGAACCGUCUUUUCCUCUACAUGAAUCGAUUUUAAACGUGAUCGAAGAGGAGUGGCAGCAGAUUGAUAGGCAGCUGCCUUCACUGGCAUGCAAAUAUCCAGUUUCUUCCAGCGAGGCAACACGGAUAUUAUCGGUUCCAGCAGUAGAUGAUGAAAUCCUGGGGCUUGUUCCUGAAACCACCCCACGCACCGCAGCAGUUCAGGCGUCCUCCACUGAGUCUUGUGAUAAACAUUUGGACUUAGCUCUCUGUAGAUCUUAUGAAGCUGCAGCAUCAGCAUUGCAGAUUGCAGCCCACACUGCCUUUGUAGCUAAGUCUCUGCAAGCCGACAUAAGUCAGGCUGCACAGAUCAUUAGUUCAGAUCCUAGUCAUGCACACCAAGCCCUUGAGAUUCUGAGCAGGACCUAUGAUGCAGCUUCGUAUCUUUGUGAUGCUGCGUUUGAUGACGUGAGGGUGUCUGCCCAUAUCAUGGGUUCUUCUACUAUGGGUCGGCGUUAUCUGUGGUUGAAGGACUGUAAGAUUACCCCAGCUUCUAAGAAUAAACUGACUGUUGCUCCCUUUAAGGGUGGAACACUCUUCGGAGGAGAAGUACACAAAGUUAUUAAAAAGCGUGGAAAUAAACAGUAAUGUAGUUAAAAACAAAGGGACUUAUUCUUGAUUGUAGAAUUUAUGAACAUUUCUAGGAAUUCUAGCAGCUUCUAUGCCAGAAUUUUCUUUUGAGGCCUUUUUAAUCUCCUAAUAGCACUAAUUUCAAGGUGUUAAGCUUCCACUCAUCAAUUAUAGUAUAAUUACACACAGAGAAGCCUAGUACAGUUUAAGUUUAGUUCACAUGUUUGUCUCACAUAAGUUUAUAGCUUCCUGUUUUACAUAACACUUUUACACAAGUCUUAAAUUGUUUUCUUUCUAAUAAAAAAUUUUACAGCUCUUAGAUUUAAAAAGAAUUCCAGCAACUAAAGUAUCAGUAGAAUCAUCAUUUUUUGUUUUGUUUUGUUUUUCGAGAUAGGGUUUCUCCGUGUAGAUCAGGUUGCCCUUGAACCCACAGAGAUCUGCCUGCCUCCACCUUAUGAGUGCUGGGGUUAAAGGCGUGCACCCCCACCGCCUAGCGGCCUCCCUCUUUUUAUCAGUGCCAUUCGCAUACUUCUUUAUGCCUCGAUCAGGGUUAAACAUUGUUAACCACUUAAAUCAUCGUUUUUGUUUUUUCCCUUCUCACAGGAAUUUAGUUUGAAAAGUCUAGUGUGCAGGAAGGCCAAGUCUCAGAGCAGUGACAUAGGCACACAGCCCUUGUGAUUUCAGUCUGCUCUGCUGCUGCUGCUUAUUUUCAUUACACAAAUCUUUGGCUAGGAGGCCUUUUGUCCACUCAUGACAUUGCAGGUCAUCUCCAGGCGACCUUUGCACUUAUUCUUUUUGUCACUCUUGGCUAAGUAGCCACACGUUCUAAAAUUUGUCAGCAUUCUUGUUCAUGUUUUUGUCUCCAACAGACUUUAUGGUAACUCUAGAUCAGUGUAACUCUAAGUGCCAGUCCACACACGUGCUGAUUCAGACACUCUGCAAGAAUAGAAGGGAAAGGGGCUGCAUCUCAGUGCUAAGGAACAUGUGCUUACCAUGCACGUGGCCCUGAGUUCAGUUCACCACCACCCAAAAAAAUUUCAUGAAAGAAUUUAAACCUAGAGAGAUACUUUGUAAGAGAAUGAGAAGAGGUACACCGCAUGCCUGUAUGUAUGUACACACACAUCACAUAUGCGCUCACUUCAGUGAAAAAAGCAGUGUACAGUUAUAUGUUCUGAUAGAGGAGGCAGCCAAGUCAUACGAGCAUGUAGACCACACUGAGGAACACAGCUGUGGAUAAGUAUAGAUGUUCUGAUACAGUUGAUGUUCACUCAACAUGACUUUCGUUAGAUGAAAAAGACACUGGGAAGACAGGGCUUUUUUUACUUACAUGUAUGUAAAGGCAUGUUGUAUGUCCUGAGUAGUUAAAUUUCAGAUCUGAAUGCUAAAAGCAAAUUUGAAUUAUUUUCUAAAAACCUUAAGAAAUUUUACUCUACCCCAAUGUCUGUGUCUGUAUGAAGCAAUGUAUUGCCUUGUUUUCAUGUGUAUGGUUGUAAGGUAAGGUAGCGUGGUUGUAGAGACAUGGAAAAUGGUCUUAAGCAUAACCAAAUACAGUCCAUUGAGUGUACAUGUCUACUACCUGUUCUCAGACUGCACAUGCCAUCUCUGCAGCUUUGUUACUUGUCUUCUCAAAUGUACAUGUAUCCAUGUACCUGUUAAGUGCUGUGUGGUUUCUUAAAGCGAUGUAUCCCUGUAGAAUGCUUCUACAAAUUCAAUAAAGUUGUUAAAUUUGAACAGUU